AAAUACUCCGUCAUGACAAACUCUCGAUCCGACUGUACUCUUCCAAACCAUUGAAUUCACACACAAAAUUGCUGUCAUUCACUUUGAUUCAGUGUCUAACAAAACUAGCACCACCUUUGUCUGCCCAACCAGAUUCAUACACAAAUUCGCUGUCAUUUCUCAUCAUCGAUCUCCAAACUCCCACAAAACCAUUUUCUUUUCAAAAAAAUUCACUGGAAGAUUCUCCUCUCUAUCAUUUUUUUAUUACCCACCCAACCCAGCCACUCUGGAUUGAAAUAUUUUUAGUCCAAAUCCAACCACCAAAACCCAUCACUCAGCCAGCAACCAUUCAAACAUUCAAACAACUCUAAAACAUCAAACUCUUGUUCUCUCUCACCUAAGACAACAACCAUGGAUGAUCCCAACAACAAAGGUAAUAAUAAUAAUAAUAAUAAUAAUAAUAAUAAUAAUUCAUCUCUUCACGACUCUUCACCUUCUUCAUCUUUCUUAUCACAACCUUUCUUACCCAAAACCCCAAUUUCAACAUACCCAUCAUUAGAAAACCAUGAUUCCCAACAAGAAUCUGACUCCAAUCAACAGUAUCUUCACAUCUCAUACAAUCACGGUCCUCGUUCCUUCAAAGACCUUCCUUUUCUUAUCCUCUUCCUCAUCUUCGUUCUCUCCACUUUCGCUUUCGGAAUCUUCUCAAUCGUCCAUAGAAACAACUUCUCAGCAAUCUCUUCUUAUACCUAUGAUUCUAACACCACCUCAUGCAGUAUCAUCAACCCUUCCCUUUCAGUUUCAGUUUCAUCAACCUCUUCCACCAGUUUUCGCUCUUCGUCUUCGCCUUUUGUGAAGGAUUUAACAUGGACGCUUGUUAUCACUUUUGUUAUAAGCCUACCCAUGUGCUGGUCGCUUCUUCUUUUGCUCAAGCAUUACACCAAACACCUUGUCUACGCUUCGAUUCCGUUCUUUAUUGUCAUCCCGAUUUUCCUUAAUGUUUACUGGUUUGUUGCUUGCGCUAUCAAAAGCUCUUGUAGUGAUGCUUUUCCUCUGGUGUAUAGAAUUUUGGUGUUGGGUUUUGUUUUUUUGGUGAUUGGUGUGAUUGUGUGGAUCCUUGUUGUGAAUUGGCACCGUGUGGAGCUUACUGUGAGUAUAAUUGGGGUUGCCUCUGAUGCGCUUUCUUGGAACAUGGGUUUGUUUGGGGUGCUUCCUUGUUUGACAAUUGGGCUUUUUGUGUAUUAUGUGCCUAUUGUGGUGUUUUUGGUGUUUGCUAAGUAUAAUGGUGAGGUUGUGCCUAAGAAAUUGCGUAGUGGAUAUGGUUGUGUUUGGAAGGAGGAUUCUUGGGUGCCGGCUUAUUUUGCAUUGGCGAUACUUACUAUGUUGUGGUCAGCAGCAGCUAUGCUUGAAGCUCAGGUUUAUGUCAUUAGUGGGACUAUUGCUCGGUGGUAUUUCUCCAAGGAUUUGGAGGUUCCUACAAAGAGCAUUAGAACUUCACUCAGAAAUGCUUUUGGUCCUUCCUCUGGAACAGUAUGUUUGUCGGGAUUGCUUAUCUUUGUUGUUCGAGUGGUGCGCUCUGUGGUUGAUAAUGCAAGACAAGAAGGGACUCCUGGGCUAGUGAACAUUGUUUUAAGGUGCUGUGUAAAUGCCUUACUGACAGCUGUCGAUUUUCUCAAUAAGUUUACCAUCAACUUUGCUGCAAUAACCGGUGAAGCUUACUGCUCAUCAGCAAGGAUGACAUAUGAACUUCUUAGACGUAACCUUCUCUCUGCUGUUUUUGUGGAGACCAUAUCAUCCCGCCUCCUGGUUGGAAUUGUUUUUGUCCUAUCAGCAAUAUACACAAUUGUGGCCUGUGUUAUCUUAAAAGCUGCAACCAAUCUCGAGUCUGAUGCAUAUUUUGUGGCAGCGGCAGCAUGGCUUCUACUGAUAAUAGUCCUGGGUUUCCUGGUGCAUGUGCUCGACAUUGUAAUCGAUACAAUAUAUGUCUGCUACGCAAUAGACAGAGACAGAGGAGAGGUUUGUAAACAAGACGUUCACGAGGUUUACGUUCACUUACCCAUAAGUAGAAGUAUGAGACAAUCUAACAUUACAAGAACUCUAGGUGUAUAAAUAAUUCCUAGGAUUCAAAUUUUGAAUCCUUGGAUUGCUAUUUUGUGGACAAUGUGGAGUUAGAAUUGUCUGUAAACUUGUUGUGCAUACACUUUUGAAUGUUUCUUCUAUAAUUUUUUUUAACAGUUUUCACAUAGGGUAAAUUUUUUAGUUACUUUGGAA